AUACGAUACGACAAUCACACACACACUCAAACAACCAACGGAUUUUUCUUCCACGCAUGGCUACCACUCCUCUCUCCGCCCGUCCCACUCGCGCCUCCCUCCUCGGCGUCGCCGACCGAUUCCGCUCUCACCGACGCCCAUUCACGACGGCCAACAAUCACACAGUUUCAAAACUAUUCAAAGCCGAUGGACUGGGUCUCACCUCUUCCUUCUCCUCCUACCGCCGUACCUCAUUACCAAGAUUCGUCGUCCUCGCCGCCGGCGGUGGCUCGACAGCCGACGAAUCGUCGUUCGAGAUGUCUCUAGAUACGGCUUUGAAAUUAUUAGGCGUAUCGGAAGGAGCUUCCUUUGAUGAUAUACUCCGAGCUAAGAAUUCAGUUUUGGCUGCUUGUAAAGACGACCAAGAGUCGAUUGCACAGGUGGAGGCUGCAUAUGACAUGUUACUUAUGCAAAGCUUAUCACAGAGGAGAGCAGGAAAAGUUGUAAAUAGUAGCAUUCGUUAUGCUGAUGUUAAACCUGUAAAUACUCCUCAAAUGGGAUCAAUGCCACAAUGGGUACAAGGUGCUGAUGUUCCAGGGCUUAUUUUGGCAACUAGUUUUGGAGCUUCUCUAUACUUCAUGACCAAAAGAAAUGUUAAACUAGGAAAAGCCACAGUGAUAACUAUAGGGGGUUUGGUGGCUGGUGCUGUGGUGGGAUCUGUAGUUGAAAACUGGUUGCAAGUAGAUAUUGUCCCAUUUUUAGGCAUACAUUCUCCUGCAACUGUGGUAAGUGAAUUUGUUCUUAUUUCUCAAUUUUUGGUGUCCCUGUAUUUAAGCUAAUUAUGCCUCAAAAUUCAAUAUUAAAUUACGAUAUAUGCCUUUACAAAAUUGGUGAUCUAGGAUGAUGAUAUAUUGUA